AUGGGAGGAAAUGGGAAUAAAGUCACGAAACGAUCCCUGAACGCAUGCACCCGAUGCCGAAGACAGAAAAUCAAAUGUUCGGGAUCGCAGCCUUGCGAUAGUUGCAAUAAACGCAAGCUCACUUGUGUCUUUGAUGAUCGGGAUCAGAAGAUCCUUAUAACUAGGGGAUAUCUCGACGAACUACAACAGAAGAUAGCGAGGUUAUCACGAAAUGAUCCUGGAGAGGCAGGUACUGUCAGUCCUGAAUACCAUGAAGAGCGAUCGCCUGAUUCCAAAGACAACAUAGACACUGCGGAAAUAACACGCCUUUCGCCCGAGGAAAAGGAGCAUGCCGAACUUCAUCAAGAGCUUGAAGACCCUGCCUCCGGCCUGACAAAUCCAUUGUCAACAGGCCCCCCGGCUUUUAUGUCAGCUGAAAAUGGCCGGACAUUCUAUCUAGGAACAUCAUCGAAUUGGUCCUUCACACGAAGGGUCCUUAGCUUGACCCACGAUCGUAUAUAUCAAGAGCCCCUACCAACUGGGGCCCUAGCGUUUGAUGGCGCUAUUUAUGACCUAGGCUGGGAUGGACUAAGGGGGAACCACAGAUCGGAAAUUCCGACAGUACCAUCGUUCGAUCAUGCGAUGUAUCUCAUCAAUUCCGUGAAAUUCCGCUGUGGUCAGCUUUAUCAUCUCUUUGACGAGACUGAGUUCAUGGCAGGCCUCCAUGACUUCUACUCACAACCAAAACCUACUCCCACAACAGGACUGUGGUAUAUUCAUUUCCUUCUUAUGCUUUCCUUCGGGAAGGGAUUUGUCCAGCACAAAAUGCAAGGGAACAAACCUCCAGGCUCAGAGUUCUUCGUAAAGGCACUGCAAUUACUCCCCGACCUCAGUUUGUUGCACCAGGAGCCCAUCGAGUCUACAGAAAUUCUAUGCUGCGUUGCACUAUACUUACAAGCACUUGACUAUCGAUCAUCGGCCCACAACUAUAUCGGAUCGGCGAUGCGCAUGGCCAUGGCUGAAGGCAUGCAUACUCAAAUGCCGGUAGAAUAUCUAGGAGAGCAUUUAGUCCAACGAUGUCGCAAGAUCUGGUGGACUGUCUACAUCCUCGAUCGUGAGAUGACCUCACUGAUGGGUCUUCCUCAAUCUCUAAGUGAUGAGCAUAUCAACACGUUGCUCCCCUCAUUUACAGGAUCAUUGCAACGAACAGCAGGUAUAAACAUGCACAUCAAACUGUCUCGAAUCAUCGCAGAGAUCAGUGGCACCGUCUACGCCAUCGAUGGUCGCCUCAACCGAAACUUUCUUAUUCGCACAAAGUCCGCUCUCGCCAGUAUAGCCAAAUUAGCAGACGAGCUCCACACAGCCUUCCCUUUACAUUUAGAUCAAUCUUCAAGCGGUGUCUCCCGAAUAUCCGCCUACCUCAAUCUCCUAUAUCACCAGUGUAUCGUCACCGCUACACGCCCAUUGCUCUUUUGCUUUUUAAAAAUCCGCCUUGAGUCCCCCGAACACUGUCUAGAGGCGUUAACGACAUCAAAAAACGUUCGAAAUCUAAUCCAAAUGUGUCUCGACUCCGCUCAACAAAUGAUCUAUAUCCUCCACUGUCUUCAAUCCGAAGAUCUCCUUGAAACCUUCCUCCCCUUUGACCUCGAUUCCGUCUUCGUCUCAGCAACUGUCCUCCUCAUGGCCCCCGCAAUCGACCUCCGAUGGUCCUACCCAGUAUGGCUCGAAAAAGCAUACGCAAUAUUCGAAGAAAUAAUCGAAAACGGAAACCUCAUCGCCAAAUAUCGCCGAUCAGAACUCCAACUUCUAGAUGAAUUACUCAGCUACUUCCCCCAAGAACACACAAGAUGCGUAUCUGCUCCAAUAUCCAUUUCAGCACCAGCACUUAAUACCGACCAAACGAGCGUUCAAUUAGCAAACUUUUCAUCAUCGGUGGCGCAAACCCUUAGCCAUGAUCUCUUAUCAGAUCCAGGUGUAUCACUUGAAGAUGAACUUAGUCUGACUACGGGACUUACGGCGGCGCAAAUAAUGGCCGUUGCAGACUCUAUUGAGAGUAUUGACACGGAGUGGAUGUCUAAUGCGAUGAUUGAACAUAGUAUUUGGUAA